AUGGCCGAGAAAGGAUAUAAUUUAAGACCCAACCGGAAAAAUUCUAACCUAAAUCCGAAUUACGAAUACAACACUCAAACUGACAGCGAGAGCGAGAUUGAAGAAGAACGUCGCCAUCUUGAUGACAUCACAUGCACGGACACAGAACAAAAAACACAUCCACAACAGACAUCAGAACACACAGAGGAAGAAAACAACGAGUCCAUGGACCAAUCAGACAAUAGUAUUCCCAUUCCUACAAGUCUGUUUGCAAAUGUUGCCACUGAACUGUCUAGUAAACAAAGUCUGAAUGUUUCCAAAAUGCCAGGUGAUAGCCAAGGUCACAUUAGCGGAUCAAUAACUCAGACACCCGCACCCGAACACAGCCGAUCGUUACCGAAUAUAGCCGACGACGACGAACGUCACCUAGACCUACCAACACGGCAACGACUUGACAAUCCUAGCGUCACUGUCGUGGAAACCCUCAAACAGAGCAAAACAUUUGAAAACUUCCAAGGCCCAAUCAAAAUUAUAUGCAAUGGAAAUGAAGAGAAAGACCGACAAAUACCAAAAUUCAACGGCCGAAGUGGCAACCCAAAAGAAUAUCGUAAUAAAUUGAAAAGAUAUUACGACAGAGGACUUGAGCGAAACAGUAAUUAUGACCCGAUUGAAUAUCUCAAAGACCUGCUAGAAACUUCAUUCGAAGGUCCCGCCUCAAGAUGGCUACAACUUGUAAAGACUGACUUAAGUUCCUGGGAACAAUUUUCCAACGAAUUCGAAGCUAAAUACUGGUCAAGAGAAGUACAACGCAGCUUAAGAGCCAAAAUCGAAUCAGAAAAAUACCGGUCAAAUGGUACCCUCAGCCGCAGUGAAUACCUUACAGAACGUGUAAUUUCACUCCAAUCUAUGAGCCCUUGCCUAACCGAAGAAGAAAUUGUGACACUGAUGGCAGAGAGAUUUGACUCCAUCAUACAAGACUGCAUCAAUGUACAAAACAUCACCACCGUACGUGCAUUAGAAAGACUUCUACAACGUGAAGACCUCAAAGACGGACCAAAGAAGACACGCACCAACAACCAGAAUCACAACAGCUCAUCCAAUAACCGACCGACAACUCCAAAUCAACAACCACACACCUAUCAUCAAAACGGCCGCUACGAGAAUCAGAGAGCGUACCAACCCAAGAUAACUUCAUAUCACAACAAUUCAUACAACAACAAUCACCAACACAGAAAUUAUCCAAAUCAUCAAAAUUACCGUCCUAACUACAAUCAUCCUACUUACGACCGAAACCAUGAAAACAAACCAUAUCAACGAGACAGAUAUCCUCCACGUAACGGUGACAACAACCAACGGACCUACAGAAACCACCCAACCCAAGAACAAGCUCAGCUCUGCGCAGUAAUAAGACAAAAUAACUACGUGCCAAGUGCUCCUCCAAACAACCAAUCAUCACACAGUUACGAGCCACAAACUCAUCCUGCACCAAAUAUACAGGAAAACGGUUCGGCGCUGUAA